AUGAGUAUUAUGCCAAACAGUAAGGAGAUCAGAGAUGCAGUCUUCUCUUUUGGUCCAUACAAGUCGCCUGGGAAGGAUGGGCUUAAUGCUCUUUUCUUUCAAUCUCAGUGGGAUAAGGGGAUUGAUGUUCCUGAAUUACUUAAAGAUUUCAGACCUAUUAGCCUUUGUAAUGUUAUUUACAAGACUGUAACUAAGAUUGUGGCUAAGAGGUUGAAAUCUCAUAUGGCUCACUUGGUUAUGCCUAAUCAAUGUGGUUUUAUUAAGGGUAGACAAGGAGCGGAUAAUAUCAUUGUGGCUCAGGAAAUCAUCCAUUCCAUGAAUAAAAAGAGAGGAGGUAAGGGUUGGAUGACUGUCAAAGUUAAUUUAGAAAAGGCUUACGAUAAGAUUUCUUGGGAGUUUAUGAAAAACACGCUUGUGGAUGUUGGUUUGCUUGAGAAUAUUAUUUCUCUGAUCAUGUGCUAUGGUGAGAAGGUUAGCAAGGAAAAAACAAAAGUCUUCUUCUCCAGGAACGUUAAUCAUACCCAAGUGCAGAAUCUAAGCCAGUUGAUGGGCUACUCUCCUAUAAAUGACUUGGGUAAAUACUUGGGUAUUCCUCUUCGUCAUAGCCGUGUUACAAAGAGUACGUUUGGCUAUAUCUUAAAUCGAAUGCAAGCUCGUUUAAAUGCCUGGAAUCAACGUACUCUUUCAUUGGCAGGAAAAUCAACUUUGGCUAGGAAAGCUCACCUGGUUUCUUGGGAGACGGUUUGUUUGCCGAAGAAUGUAGGGGGGCUCGAUUUUCGUAAAAUUAAAGAGAAUAAUAUGGCUUUUAUCAUGAAACUAGGUCACCGUAUCAUGACUGAUCGUAAUUCCUUAUGGGUUCGGGUCCUUCGUAGCAAGUAUAAGGUGGAGGAGAGGCUUAUUCCUAGUAUCUCGGCUUCAGCAAAUGAUUCUGGUUUAUGGAAGACUAUUGUUAAGUAUUGGCCUCAAACUCUAGAGAAUUCUCGUAUCAUUUUAGGGGAUGGGGUUCAUACGCCUUUUUGGAUGGAUUCAUGGGUGCCAGGGUGUCCUCAACUUGUUUCUCUGGCCGUUCAACCUAUUCCUCCUACUAUGACUCAUUGCCAGGUCCUUCAAAGGACAGACUCAUAUAGGGAAUAUUUACCUGAAAAUGAUUAUAGGGAAGUUACCAAAAAGGUUGACAGAAGCUGGUCAGGGAAUAUAACAUCACCCCAAUGUGAGCUACCCAAAGUUAAGGGGGUUGUGGCUAAGAUUAAGGCUGAUCAUCGCCGAGUUCAUAGUGCAGGAAAUAUUCAAUAUCCAGGAAGUUCUGAACCAAGAUUGGUGAGGAGCAGUGGAAUGAGAAGAGAAUGGAGUUUCGAGAAUUUGGCUGAAAAUAAAGACCAUAGUGUUAGUUGCCACUGA